GUGCAGCUCAGUGAGAACAGUAUUGGGACGGGGCCCUGUGCAGCCCAGUGAGAACAGUAUUGGGACGGGGCCCUGGCUCCAGAUGUGCACUGAAACCUGAAUCCUCCUCGCUGCUCUGGAUCUGUGUAUUUUGGGAUGUUUGACUCGAGGCUGGACAAAGACACGUUUCCAGGAACAGUGUGACCGAGCAGAUGUUUCUGCUGUGGGAGGAGGAGAAGAAAGAGGAGGAGAAGAAAGAGGAGGAGAAGAAAGAGGAGGAGAAGAAGAGGAGCGGGCGUUUGUGCAGAAGAAGAAGUUUCCUCUCUGACGGCUCCUCCCCCUCAGAUAUGGCUGAAGAUGUCCGUGGACUCUGAGAACUCCAGUGUUCUGACGUCAUGCCUCUUCCAAACAGCUGAUGAGAAAGAUGAGAGCGUUCUGGAGAUGCUGAGUUACUCGAAGUUCUCCGACCUGGAGACAUGGCUGUGCACGCCAUCCUCGCUGCUGCUGCCCCGGGCGCUGGACUCCGCCUUCACCUCCUCCUCCUCCUCCUCCACCUCCUCUUCCUCACAUGCAUCCAACCACUCCUCCCCCUGCUCCUCCUCACCCGCCUCCAACUCCCGUCGCUCCACCGUCAGCGACCCGGGAGACGACGACAGGUUGUCAGAGAUAGAAUCCCCCGUCUUCUCUUCUUCACUGGCGAUGGACACGCCCUUUCUGUCCACGCCCCUCCUCUCCUCAACCCCUGCCGCCGCGGCGCUGAGCUCGGGGACGUCAGCCGGAGACUCCGCCUCCCAGGGGGGGGUCAGCCUCAGGAAGCGGCGGCGGCUCGCUGCCAGUCCUGGAGGACUCCACUGGAACUCUGCAGGUCACCUGAUGAGUCUGGAGGUUCGGUGCAGCGUGAAUUCUGGUCACCUGAUCCGUCUCCUGGGUCGGGGGGGUGUGCAGCAGCAGCAGGAGGAGGAGGAGGAGGAGGAGCAAGGCGCCUCCACCUGGCUGAAGUGGGCAGGGCGUCACCGGCGUGCGGCAGCGACGCGGGCGGCGCUGAGGAAAACGGUUUCUGUGGACGAUCGUCUGCUGCAGCCGGCGGUCGGAGAGCAGCGCCGUGUGCGACUCCUGAGUCGACUGGAGAGAGGGAGGAAGAAGCUGCGGAACGUCCAC